AUGCAAUUGGUUUCCUCUACUAAAUAUAGUAAAUAUGGACAUGAGGAUAUGAGCUUCUAUGCAAUCUAUGAUGAGCUGAGCUGUUCUAUUCGAACCACCUUCAAUUCCUCUCCGGAACUUUUUCAGCGAUUUCUUCUCUCUGCUGCUUACAAUUACAAAUCCAGCAUGGCAGAAGGUUUUGGCAGAGUGAGACUUAAGGGUUGGCAACAGGCUGCAGUUGCCCUUGGGUCUGCAGUUGGUGCAUUAGUGGAUCCAAGAAGAGCCGAUUUGAUAGCUGCUUUAGGGGAAACAACUGGAAAACCUGCUUUUCAAAGAGUUCUUCAAAGAAUGAAAUCAAACCCUCAAGGCAGAGAAAUACUAUUGGACAGGCCACGUGUCAUUUCCAAAAAUGUCGGGCACGCGUGGGACCUGCCCGAGAACACGUUUGGGGCAGCAUAUGCAAAGUUCAUGGGAUCAAGAAACUUCUCGCCAGACGAUAGGCCACCUGUAAGGUUCAUGGAAACUGAUGAGCUGGCAUAUGUCGCCAUGCGUGCACGUGAAGUGCACGAUUUUUGGCACACCCUUUUUGGCCUUCCAACAAAUUUGAUUGGUGAGUCAGCAUUGAAAGUCAUAGAGUUUGAGCAAAUGUUGCUUCCGAUGUGUUUCUUGUCUGUUAUUGGUGGGACCGCUAGGUUUAGUGACAAGCAACGGGUGUUGUUUUAUCGUCAUUAUUUUCCUUGGGCAGUUCGGGCAGGUAUGAAAGCGACUGACCUUAUGUGUGUUUAUUAUGAGAAGCAUUUUGAUGAAGAUUUAGAGGAUGUGAGAAGGAGAUGGGGUAUCAUUCCUGCUCCUGUGAAUCUUGUUUAACAGUAAGGAGGUGAGAAUCUAUAAGACAGGUAUCAGGUUAAAGACAGAGCUUUACUUGCCCUAUGUUGGUUGUGGGACCGAUUAGAUUAUAUUAGGAGAUUUGGAAGAGUUGAAAUAAGGGGUUGUGUAAAAUAGCUAUUUUUUUUGAGUACGGAUUUUGUUUUUUAAAUAAAUAUUGUCCGAAGGUAGCAAAGUUUUAUUUUUGUUUUUAAAAUAUCAUUAUAACAGAUAAUAAUAGUUUUUUCUGGUUACCAU